GACGGACAUUCAUGCACUUAAACAACAAGCGUCCGUUUAAAUCGGUUUCACAUCGUAUUAAAUGUGUACCGCACUUUCCUUUUCGAGAACGACUCGAUCGGAAUACUAGAUCGCGAUUCACGAGUAAGGGUUUUCAUUUCACAGGAAAGUGUCACGCAAAGUCAUCGUGUUUCUACGUCCCAGUUUAUAAUCUAUUUUUGUUCGAUCACGGUUUACUCGAAUUAGAUUCUAAUUAAUGUUUUCUUUAUUUCUGUGAACCACGGACUCCGACUUGGAUAUCUCUACGUGUUGCAUUUCAUGGCUCCAUUGUGAAACGUACUUUAGGAUGUGAUAAGCAUCCGGUAACUUCCUGUGCAUCCGCAUAGCCAGUCGCGAUUAAUUAAACUCGACAAUGAGUCAUUUUGUCCAAUAAGAUUACAUAUGUCCAGUGAUAGUGAUACGAGCUGUUUAUAUAAUACGGAUCUGACAAUAUUAGCGAUACACUGUUACUUCGCGACUCAGUCCGGCCGAGCGCGGUGAGUCGGCAUGAACAUCUGUCAAUGGAAUCGCAUAUUUAUAGUACUGAGCGUGCGUUGCGUGUGUGUAGAAUAAAGAACCGGUUCGGCUAUUAAAUCGUUGCUCCAUAAAAUCGAUGCCUAUCUUCUAUUAAAUCAUAACUUACAUAAUAUAAAGGAAAACAGUUUUUUAUUAAUUGCCUCGAAUAUUUUUAUACAUUUUAUGAUAUGUGAAAUAUGGUAUAUAAAAUGUAUUUUUAAAUUCUCAUAAAAUAGCGAUUUGUAACUUGAAAUAGUAAAGCAAUCCGAACUAAAAUCGAAACCAUAAUAAAGUUUUAUAGCGCGUAACACAUCAAAAUAAUUAAAUCUUUCAUAUAUAUAUUUUUCAUAUUUUGCGUCAAUCUUUUUAAUUCAUAUAUUAUAAUUUAUUUAUUUUUUACCGUAACCUAUCGAUAUGUUAAGUGUUUAUAAAAUAUUUAUAACACAUGUGGCAAGUUAAAUUUGAGCUCAAUAAUUUUAGUCCUCCAAAAGUCAUUUUACCCAUUUAAUAGCAAAUUUAAACGAACACGCUUUAUUUAUUAUACACACGAUAUCGCUGGUUCGUAACAGUAUUAAGCGAUUACUGUUAAUAUUUAAUGCUUAUCGACGUUGAAAUGCUCUAGAGGGAAUUUACUUAUCUAACCGUUUUUAAAACAAACUGUGCGGAAUUGUGGUGACAACACGUGUAAUUUUUCUGCACAACCGAAAACGGGCAGAUCAUUGAACCAAAGCGGGAUAAUUACGGUGCAAAAGUGAGUAAGCAAAGAAUUCGGAACGUGUCGAACGAGAUCGCAAACACAGCUUAUUUUCUCCUCUUCUCUCCCACUUGCAUUUUCCUCGUCAAAAGUGGAUUACACGUGCUCCGCACGUGCAGAUUUGGGAAGUAUUUCGCCGAGCGAGUCACGACGGACCUGUGUUGCCCUCGCUAUUUUAUUGUAUCAAGAUAUCAAUUGAAGAACUAAGUGGAUGAUGGCCAAGUGGUACGAGAAAGAUAAAUGCGGCAAGUAUGCUGUGCGAAGAUUGCCGGUUCUCGAUUGGCUGCCGCGAUACAAACCCACGUGGCUCUUGCAGGACGCGUUGGCCGGUAUUACGGUCGGUCUCACUGCCGUGCCGCAAGGCAUCGCUUACGGUAUUGUUGCCGGUUUAAAUCCCGAGUACGGACUGUAUGCUGCAUUUAUGGCAUCAUUUAUAUAUAUCAUUUUCGGUUCAUGCGAAAAUAUCACUAUUGGUCCAACAGCCAUUAUGGCCACCAUGGUUCAACCGUUAGUCGCAAAAUAUGGUACUGACAUAGCUAUACUAAUUGCAUUUUUGAAAGGAUGCAUCAUUACGCUUUUAGGAAUUUUUCAUUUAGGGUUUUUACUGGACUUCAUAUCGCUACCUGUAAUUACUGGCUUUACUUCAGCCGCGGCGAUCAACAUAGCGUCUUCCCAAUUUAAGUCGCUCCUUGGCAUACCCGGUAGAACCGAGAGUUUUCUGGAUUCUGUGAUCGCGAUCUUUAAGAAUCUUAAUCAGAUCCGGUAUCAAGACACAUUGUUGGGAGCUGGUACAAUCGUUGUGUUAGUUUUGCUCAAGAAUAUACCAGGACGACGUACGGGAACAAUCUUGCAAAAAAUAGGAUGGCUUCUCGGUCUGUCACGCAAUGCGUUAGUCGUAAUUGUAGGCACUAUCAUGGCGUAUAUUUUUUACACUAACAAUCUAGAGCCUUUCAAAUUAACGGGCACAAUGGGUCAGGGUUUGCCACCGUUCACGCCUCCGCCGUUCUCCACGACCUUUCAGAAUCAAACGUACAAUUUUCUGGAAAUGGCUAGUGCAAUGGGAACGACACUGAUCACGAUACCGAUCGUGUCGACUAUCGAGCACAUAGCCAUCGCUAAAGCUUUCGCAAAGGGUAAAUCUUUGGACGCCACGCAGGAGAUGAUCGCUCUCGGAGUCUGUAAUAUCUUCGGAUCGUUCGUUCGCUCGAUGCCAGUUACAGGAUCUUUCACACGAACUGCGGUCAAUCAUGCGUCAGGCGUUAAAACUCCAUUGGGGGGAAUAUUUACAGGCGUUCUGGUGUUGCUCGCGGUCGGUCUAUUGACCUCCACCUUCCGCUUCAUACCGAAGGCGACGUUGGCCGGUCUUAUCAUAUGCGCCAUGUAUUACAUGCUCGAUUUCUCAACGUACGGCUUGCUGUGGCGCGCCAGAAAGAUUGAUUUCUUUGUCAUGUUGCUGACAUUAAUCCCAUGCGUCUUUCUUGGUUUGGAGUAUGGUAUCUUAAUUGGCAUCGUCGUCAACCUUGUAGCAUUGCUGUAUUUCUCGGCACGGCCUUCCGUUCAGACAAAAAUUGAACAGAUCGAAGGGGAAACUGUAAUAGUCGUAAUACCCGAAGAAGCGAUAGCCUUUCCAGCGGCGGAGCGGCUGCGUGCUAACAUAAUGAGGCUUUCGGGGGAAAGUGAAUGCAACGUGAUACUCGACUGUAAAAAUCUGAAGAGGCUCGACGUUACAGUCGCUAAGAACAUCAAGCUUCUGGAAAAGGACCUUUCAGUACGCGGACAAACAAUUGUCUGCAGUAAUUGCUGCGAGAACGUGAGCGCCAUCCUGAAGGUCGUAGCACCGGAAUUAUUAAACAUCAAGGAAGGUAGAAGUAAAGCUGAGGGAGGAUCGUUUCUCCCACAACCCGCGACCGCCUAGAUUUAUAAAUACCAUGAAUCGUUUGCAAGAAACGCCGAUAAGAACGGAGUUCGGAUACCGUCGCGGGAAUUGGUGGGAAAAAGUUGACCAAGACUGCUGGCUUUUAACGCCAAACGGCGAAUGGACCGAAGGAAACGCAAGGAAAGUGUAAAAAACGCAGACAAUCAAGGAUACAGCUAAAUGUCGUCUUUCAGUUUUUCUCCUGCAUGAUGUAUUGCGCACAUCGACGCCCUCGUCUUUUCCUCCGUCACGUCGCAAUAUUGUCGUUGACGCUAAUCGUUGCUCUGUCUUCUGUCUAAUGCGUCCGUUAAGAAUGAGGUCGAGAAGAGAACGCCAAAGUUUCGCCAAGAAAUAGAAAGAAAAAUUCUCCCAUUUUUCUCCCUUUUCUUUCGCUAGUAGUUAAUUUUAAGAAAAUGGUGUAAAAUAGAAAGCAAACGAUUUUGUGUGUAAUUUAGUUUUUAAGAGGACCCUUUUGCGUCGACAUAAAGUAUUGUCGAUGAUAAAAUAUUGUGGUUUCUUCAAGUUAAAUGUUUAGAUAGCUUUUUUAAUCAGUUGAUCUUAAGCACAUCACUCUGUAAAUUACUUUGCUAAUUACGUGUGCAAUUUUAAGCAGACUCUCUUAUAUCUUUUAAUACUGUCUUAGUAACAAAUUUUUAUUUGUUGUUUGUAUCUCCGAAAUUCAUAUUAAAGAAUGGAUCAACAAUACAAUACUAGAAAAUGUAUCAGAAUAGAAGUAGAUAUGACUUAUAUGUAAGACAAUAUGUACCAAUGUCAGAAAAUAGUGCAAUAGAAAAAAUACAUUUUUUAAAAGAUUAAAUUGUCAUUUAAAUUAAAUAUAUAUUUUAAUGAAUAA